ACGGGCCUGAGCGCGAGAAGGAGGGGCGCCGGGGUGACGGUGCGAGAGCUGCUGCCAGGGCCAGAGGCGGCGGCGGCGGCGGCAGUCGGGCCUGAGAACAGUGAGCCAGAAGCCGGUCGGCUGCCGGACCUGCGGACUCGCCCUCAGGCCGAGCGCGCGGUGUCUGGCUGGGCGAAGAGACGCUGCAGAACCCCCGCGAGAAAGAUGUUCAACGUGGAGUCGGUGGAGCGGGUGGAGCUGUGCGAGAGCCUGCUUACUUGGAUCCAGACAUUUAAUGUGGAUACACCAUGCCAGACUGUGGAAGAUUUAACGAAUGGGGUUGUGAUGGCCCAGGUUCUUCAAAAGAUAGAUCCUGCAUAUUUUGAUGAAAAUUGGCUAAAUAGAAUCAAAACUGAAGUGGGAGAUAAUUGGAGACUAAAGAUUAGCAAUUUAAAGAAAAUUUUAAAAGGAAUUCUGGAUUACAAUCAUGAGAUUUUAGGACAGCAGAUUAAUGACUUUACUCUUCCUGAUGUGAACCUUAUUGGGGAGCAUUCUGAUGCAGCAGAGCUUGGAAGGAUGCUACAACUCAUUUUAGGUUGUGCUGUGAAUUGUGAACAGAAGCAAGAAUACAUUCAAGCCAUUAUGAUGAUGGAAGAAUCAGUUCAACAUGUUGUCAUGACAGCCAUUCAAGAGCUAAUGAGUAAAGAAUCUCCCGUGUCUUCUGGAAAUGAUGCCUAUGUUGACCUUGAUCGCCAGUUGAAAAAAACUACAGAGGAGCUGAAUGAAGCUUUGUCAGCAAAGGAAGAAAUUUCUCAGAGAUGCCAUGAAUUGGAUAUGCAGGUUGCAGCAUUGCAAGAGGAGAAGAGUAGUUUGUUAGCAGAGAAUCAGAUAUUAAUGGAAAGACUCAAUCAAUCUGAUUCCAUAGAAGAUCCCAAUAGUCCAGCAGGAAGAAGACACUUGCAGCUCCAAACUCAAUUAGAGCAGCUACAAGAAGAAACAUUCAGACUAGAAGCAGCCAAAGAUGAUUAUCGAAUACGCUGUGAAGAAUUAGAAAAGGAAAUCUCUGAACUUCGGCAACAGAAUGAUGAACUAACCACUCUGGCAGAUGAAGCUCAAUCUCUAAAAGAUGAAAUAGAUGUUCUUAGACAUUCUUCUGAUAAAGUGUCUAAACUAGAAGGUCAAGUGGAAUCUUAUAAAAAGAAGUUGGAAGACCUCGGUGAUUUGAGACGACAGGUUAAACUCUUAGAAGAAAAGAAUACUAUGUAUAUGCAAAAUACUGUCAGUCUAGAGGAGGAGUUGAGGAAAGCCAAUGCAGCUCGAGGUCAACUUGAGACAUAUAAGAGACAGGUAGUAGAACUACAAAAUAGAUUAUCUGAAGAAUCAAAGAAAGCAGAUAAAUUAGAUUUUGAAUACAAGCGACUAAAAGAGAAAGUAGACAGUCUUCAAAAAGAAAAGGAUAGGCUAAGAACAGAAAGAGAUUCUCUGAAGGAAACUAUUGAAGAGCUUCGUUGUGUACAGGCACAAGAAGGGCAGCUUACCACUCAAGGGUUAAUACCCCUGGGAAGUCAGGAAUCUUCAGACAGCCUUGCAGCAGAAAUUAUUACACCUGAAAUCAGGGAGAAACUUAUUCGGCUCCAACAUGAGAAUAAGAUGCUAAAAAUUCAUCAAGAGGGUUCAGACAAUGAAAAAAUUGCCUUAUUGCAGAGCCUUCUAGAUGAUGCAAACUUACGCAAGAAUGAACUGGAGACAGAGAAUAGGCUCGUGAAUCAAAGACUUCUAGAAGUGCAAUCACAAGUUGAAGAACUACAAAAAUCUUUACAGGAUCAAGGCUCUAAAGCAGAAGAUGCUAUUUCAAUACUUCUAAAAAAGAAGCUUGAAGAACAUCUAGAGAAGCUGCAUGAAGCCAAUAAUGAACUACAGAAGAAGAGAGCCAUUAUCGAAGAUCUUGAACCAAGAUUUAAUAACAGCUCCUUAAAAAUUGAAGAAUUACAAGAAGCUUUACGGAAGAAAGAAGAAGAAAUGAAGCAAAUGGAAGAACGAUAUAAAAAAUACUUAGAGAAAGCCAAAAGUGUUAUCCGGACUUUAGAUCCUAAACAGAAUCAAGGAGCAGCACCAGAAAUACAAGCUCUUAAAAAUCAACUCCAGGAACGAGAGCGGCUGUUCCAUUCAUUAGAGAAAGAAUAUGAGAAAACGAAGAGUCAAAGAGAGAUGGAAGAGAAAUACAUAGUUAGUGCCUGGUACAAUAUGGGAAUGACUCUGCAUAAAAAAGCAGCUGAAGAUAGACUGGCUAGCACAGGUUCAGGGCAGUCAUUUUUAGCUAGACAAAGACAAGCCACCAGCGCAAGAAGAUCCUACCCAGGCCAUGUCCAACCAGCAACAGCAAGGUAGAGAAGCCGGAAAUAACCUGCAUCAAAGCAUACUUGUGUCACAUAUAGCAACAUUUCAGGAAGUUCACCAAAAGUCAAUAUUUAAUGUUGCUCAUUGGAGGGCUUUCUCUCUGUCUUAUAUCUUUGUUUCAGUUUCUUUGUCCUUUAUUUUGUAGUCCUUUCAGUUCCUUUUAAUGUGCCAAAAAUUUGUAAAUGUACAAUUUUAAGUGUUGUAUAAUAGUGUAAUACUUUACUUUGUAUGAAUAUGUCCUUUUCCCCAAUGGUGUAGGCUUUGUUAUGAAUUAGAUUUUCUGCCAAUAAUUGAUACACACUUUGUAUUCUUUAUUGUGCCUAUGUGUUAUCAUGCUUUAUAUGAAUGUCUGUUUGAAAGGAACUUAAUCUUUUUAUGAUAUUAGUCUAUUUUCAAUUGUUUUCCAGAUGCUCUUCAAAUAACAUACAUACUACAAAAAGUGGUUAGCAAGCGCACUUUUUGCAGAAACUUAAAUACAGUGACAGAAGUGCUAAUCAAAUCUCCUAAGGCACAUAGGGGAAUGAUUUAGAGGGAGAAAAAUGGUUUUCACAUUGUUUUAUAGGAAAUUAAAUUUGUUUGAAUAUUUAGAGACAAUUUGUAAAACAUAAACAGAAAACUCAUUGUUUUGUGCUAUCUUGAGUACAUUGAUAACUUGAGUACAUUGAUAAGGUUAUUUGGGGAGAAAUUACACAAGAAAAAUUCAGGCAGUCUGUCUUUUUUUCUUUCUCUGAAAUAUCAUUUUAGUAACUAAGAAUCAGAUUCUAGUUAUGUGCUUGACAUGUAUACAUUCAGUUCUACACAUAUAAAAGAUUUAUUUUUCAUAUACUUACAAGUAAUAGGUAAUGUUACUCUUUGGGCAGUUAGUGGUCUUGUAUCUCAUUUGUUUUGUUUAUUCCUUAAUAUAAACUUCCUUUCUCAAUAUUUUGCAUUACUUACAUCUUAAUACACAUGACUUCUUGUAUGUAUUAUUAUGAUUUCUAUCUUAAUUCUUUCUGAAGUCUUACCUACUAUUCCAGGACUCUGUUACUGAAUAGAUUUUCUUGGAUAUUUUGCCUCAAAGUGCUUACCUUUUAAGACAUGUUUCUUACAUUGCUUAAUACUGUCAAGUAAUCAUUAUGAAGCACUUUGUCUAUAAGGUGCUAUAUAAAAAAGAGUAUUCAUUUGAAAAUGAACUGCCUUCUGUUUAAUGACAAAUUCGGUACCAUAUAAUAUUUAAGUUCACCUCCAACCUUUUUAUUCUACCAUAGCAUACUUUUUAAAGCAAAAAAAAAAAAAAAGAAAAUUCAUUCAAGCCCCAUGACUGACAAAAAAAUUAUGAAAAUUCUGAAAUUAGCUUCGAUUUUUUUUGUUUAUUUGUUUUACAUGGGUUAUCUAAUAGGAUGUUAUUUUAUAUACUCACAGUUUGAAAAUUCAGAUUUUAUUCAGUUUUUUGUGUUACAUAUAAGUAACUUUAAAUCAUGUUUAGUAUAAUUAAGAAUUUUCAGAAUCUGUGUUCAUGUGUUUGAUUUUACAUUCAUACUUCAUCUUUUAAGGUUGACCUAAAAUCUGUAGUGCUUUAA